AGCAGCGGCCGGAAUGUACCAAGUGCGGGAUGGGGGGGAGUGAGGAGCCCCGGCACUCCCGGUGGGGCCGCAGCGGCCGAGUGUUGCCCCUGCUCCCCCCGCGUGGGCAGCCGGUGUGGGGGGGUGAGAGGCGGGUUCCAUUCCCGGCCAGGAGGGAGGCUCGGAUGAGAGACCCCCGCGGGCGGUAAUGGAACGGGCCGCCCAUCCCGGAAGAGAGAAGCCGCCGCGGCUGCACCCGCCACUUCCGCUUCCUGGGAGCCGGACGGACGGACCGGACCGGACCGAACCCGCCGCUAUGACCGCCACCCUGCGCCCCUACCUGAACGCGGUGCGCGCCACGCUGCAGGCUGCCCUGUGCCUGGAGAACUUCUCCUCCCAGGUGGUGGAGCGACACAACAAGCCGGAGGUGGAAGUCAGGAGUAGCAAAGAGCUGCUGUUGCAGCCAGUGAUCAUCAGCAGGAAUGAGAAAGAGAAGGUUCUGAUCGAGGGGUCCAUCAACUCCGUGAGAGUCAGCAUUGCAGUGAAACAGGCAGACGAGAUUGAGAAGAUCCUGUGCCACAAAUUCAUGCGCUUCAUGAUGAUGAGGGCUGAGAACUUCUUCAUCCUGCGCCGGAAACCCGUGGAGGGCUAUGACAUCAGCUUCCUGAUCACAAACUUCCACACGGAGCAGAUGUACAAGCACAAGCUAGUGGAUUUUGUGAUCCACUUCAUGGAAGAGAUUGACAAGGAGAUCAGUGAGAUGAAGCUGUCCGUCAACGCCAGGGCUCGCAUCGUUGCUGAGGAGUUCCUCAAGAAUUUUUAGAGCGUGGUGCUGGACUCUACAGCUCAGGUUCUCAUUCUCUCCUGCGUCUGCACAGCUGCCCUGCUAAGGAGGGCCAUGCUCGGGGCCUUGCUAUCUGGAAGAGAUGAGAAGCAAUCCGAUCUUCGGGAGCUGUCCCAGUGGAAUGUACAUUGAUUCUCCGCCGGCCCCGGGGAAGGGAUGGGGGGGGAGUUAAUAGUUUGAACCAAACUCUGUGCUUGUUUGAGACUGUCAACUCUGUAUUAUUUUUUUAAAUGACUAAUCAUUGCUGUAAUUGUCCAAGGCUCUGGGGGCUGGAGGGAGUUGUGGCUGCUCCAGCACUGGACAGCAAGAGCAGCUUCUGCCCUGAGGCUGGUACCUGCUCGCUGGCGUUCCAGCUGAGGACAGUGCCCACUCAGUUAUCAGUUCCCUUCUACCAGCUGCUGUAAAGCAGCGCUCAUGCACGUGGCAUUCUGGAGACACAACUCUGAGCCUAAUCCCAGCGUUACGACUUCCAGCAAGUCAGGGGCUGAGAGCAGCUGUCCUGGGCAAGGCAGCAGUGUUCGCGGGGGCCAGUCCUGGCACCCUCCAAUUCCCAAUCUCCACAGCCUCCCUGCUGCAGCUCUAUGGGCUGCUUUGGUGAGAGAUUCCCCACUAAUGGCAGGGGUGCAGCUGGGCAGAACUGCAGGGAGCACGGCUCUCCUUCAGCCCCAUCUGUCUGACACAGGACUAGGCAGCAUGUACUCCUGCCUGUAGCGGAGGAGGCUGGACUCCUGAUGGAGUUGGAAUCUGUAACGGGUGCUGCUUUUGCUAUUGCACUUGCUGUUCGUGCUCUGGUACCUUCCCCAUUAAAGCCUUUUUCCUGCCUCA